AGUUCUCUAUUCUCCAAUAGGUAUGUCAGUGUCAAGUAAAUAAUCAAAAUAUAACCUAUCAGAGAUUUAUGAAAGGAAUUCUAAAUGGAUUUUCUUCGUAGAUAUCUGAGUUGCUGUAUUCUUUUUACUUGCUGUUUAUGCGUGCGUUGUGAUGAAUUUAAGGAGGAAUUAUUUUUUAAGCCUCUACCGCCUACCCAUCUAUACAGUUAUUUUCAAUUCGUUACUCUAGUGGAUAGCGAACUAUCUUCACUCCAUUCCCAUUUGGCUCCUCGGUCUUUGGCUGAAGUUGUUUCUCGUUUUCAAGUCGAGGAAUUACAUUUAACAUUAACUGAAGGACAAUGGAGACAUCAUCAAUGGGGAUAUCCAGUAUUGGAUGCUGCGCCUGGAGCGGAACUUUAUGCUUGGUUUUCACCUGAUGUUAUAGAUGUGGAUACACAGUGGAAAAAAUUAAGUGCGACACUGUCAGGGCUCUUUUGCGCUUCACUUAAUUUUAUUGACAGUUUUAACACAGUCACACCUCAGAUGGCUUUGUGGCCCAUGGGAGCAGUAAAGUCUAGUCAAAAUGUUACUUCUCAAUUAAGAUAUGCAUCCUUGCCAAGAGAGAUUGUAUGCACAGAAAAUUUGACUCCAUGGAAGAAACUGUUGCCAUGUGAAUCAAGUCGUGGUUUUUCUGCCCUGCUUAAUUCUAGGAUGAUCCAUAACACUAACUAUCAUUCAAUAGGAGUACAUGUGAGGAAAAUCUGUAAAUCUAGUGAAUGUUUGGAGACUCAACUUGAAUUUAAGCAGACAGUGGCUCUUGUUUAUGAUUAUGAUAUAAUCAAAAGUAGUGACUGGUCAUUUAGAAAACUAUUUGGUCAAGGUCUGCCUGGAGCUUGUCCAUUGUCUACAGAUAGCAAGAUUUAUGUUGAUAUAACUUCUAAUGGUACACAGCCAUUUACUCUUUCUCCACCACCUGAUGAUGUUAUUUUGUCACAAAGAGGUAGAAGUGAGACCAAGUUGGCAGUCUACAAGAUACACCCUGAUGGAAAAAUGAUAAAUAUUGGGGUGAAACACAAGACAAAGUCACAGAUACCUGUUUCUAUACAUCCUCCUUUGUUUUUCAACCGCUAUGUCCUAGGUUAUGGUAAAGAGUUUGGUGGAAUUGUGACAGAGAUAACAAAUAAUUGCCUGGCUCCUAUCAAUGUGGUUGUGUUAGAGAAUGCUCCAUGGUGGUUGCCAAUACAACUAAGCACUCUAAGAAUCAAUGGUGAAGCUGAAAGUAAAUUAGUCCAGUCUCAGUAUUAUUCUCCUGGCCGUAGCAGGCAGAAGCCAUAUCACCUAGAAUUACUUAUUAAAUUACCUCCAAAGUCAACCACUACAAUUACAAUAGAUUUCGAAUUUGUCUUUUUGAAAUGGCAGGAAUAUCCUCCUGAUGCUAAUCAUGGAUUCUAUAUUGGUUCAGCGUUGAUCUCAGCUAAUUUACCAACAGCCAGAAACUACACUAGUCUGCCAAUCACUGGAACAACAUUUGACUCGGUCAUCAAUGCAACUAAAUUAUGGUAUCCAAUUGUGUUCAGAACAAAUGGUGCUAUGGUCUCCCUACCUACCCCAGACUUUAGCAUGCCCUAUAAUGUCAUCUGUCUUGCCUGCACUGUGGUAGCAUUGGCAUUUGGUCCUCUACAUAAUAUCUGCACAAAAGAGUUGGUUCUCAAAUCCUCAGGAACAUCCUUGUCACUAACCCAAAAGCUGUUCAAUUUAUUCAAGAAAAAGAAAGAUUAGUUUUUUUUUUGUUUCAUUGAAAGUAUUUAAUUUAAUUU